AUGAAUGGCCAUGCUGUACAGUCGGAGCAUCGCUUCGACGUGAUCAUCGUCGGCGCCGGUAUCUCUGGCAUCAACGCCGCCUAUCGUCUCCAGGAACAAUUGCCUGGCUACAGCUAUGCAAUCCUUGAAGCUCGCAAUGACCUGGGUGGGACCUGGGAUCUCUUCCGCUAUCCGGGAAUUCGUUCUGAUUCGGAUCUUUUUACUUUCGGCUUUGCCUUCAACCCGUGGAGUCGCGACAACCCGAUCGCCGAGGGCUCUGCCAUCAAACAGUACGUGCGCGACACCGCCCACAAAUUCGACAUCGACUCGCACAUCCACUUCAAACACCGGCUGUCAUCGGCCGACUGGUCGACCUCCGAAAAGACAUGGUCGCUCACCGUCGACCACGACGGGACGGCCAAGAAAUUCACGACCCGUUUUAUGAUCUUCGGCACAGGCUACUACAACUACAAUGAGCCGUUGCAGGCGCAAAUCCCGGGCCUGGAUAACUUCCAGGGUCAGACAAUCCACCCCCAAUUUUGGCCCAAGGAUUUGAAUUACAAGGACAAGAAGGUUGUCAUCAUCGGCAGUGGCGCCACUGCCAUCACUCUCCUCCCCAACAUGGCCGACCAAGCCUCGCGUGUCACCAUGCUACAGCGCAGUCCCACCUACAUUCUCUCGCUCCCCAACCGCACCAAUGGUCGUUGGUUGUCCUAUAUACUACCGUCUUCAGCGUACCGCAAACUGCAGCGCAUCAUUUGGAUCGUCACCUCGCGCAUCUUCUUCCUGUUUUGCCAGCGAUUCCCCAACUUCUCGCGCUGGAUCCUGAAGCUCAAUGUGCGCAGGCAGCUUCCGAGCCACAUCCCCUACGACCCGCACUUUAAGCCGCGUUAUAACCCGUGGGACCAGCGGCUCUGUGUCUCGCCCGAUGGGGACUUCUUCGACUGUAUGCGCCGCGGCAAGGCCGAUGUCAAGACAGACACCAUCAAAACUGUCACUAAAAAGGGUAUCACGCUGAACUCGGGGGAGACGCUGGACGCCGAUAUUAUCGUCACGGCGACCGGGUUGAAACUGCAGAUUGCUGGCGGCGCGCCACUCUCAGUGGACGGCAAGAAGAUCGACAUCGGAACCAAGUACCUGUGGAACGGGGUGAUGCUGCAGGACCUGCCCAACGCCUCGUUUAUCAUCGGUUACACCAACGCCUCGUGGACGCUAGGCGCCGAUGCCACCGCCCAGUUUGUGUGUCGGCUGCUGAAGACCCUGGAAUCGCGUAAGAUGAUCGCUGCCACGCCGCGAAUGAAGCCGGCCGACGCGGGAACUCUUCAAGAUCGCCACCUGCUGAACCUGACCUCGACCUACGUGACGGUCGCCGAGCGCGAGCUGCCCAAGGCGGCUGACCGGGGGCCCUGGCAGCCGCGCGAUAACUACCUGGACGACCUCAAAUUUGCCCAGAAGGGGAACCUCGAUAACUGUUUGGAGCUGGUGCAAGGCCCGAGCCUGCGUCUGCGCCCCAAGUUGUCGUAG